GGAAGCUGUCAGCGCAUCGCUGAUCCGGUUGGGGGUGGGAGCAGGUCCUGCAGCCUUGUGUGAAGCAGGGCGGGCGGCGCCGAGAAACAGGGGCUGCGGAGACCGGCGAGCGCCGGAGUGGACAUAGCGGCCAGGCAGUCUUCCUACGGUCCGAAUCAGUCAAACAGCGUUGCGCUGUCUGUCGCGGGUUUGGCGGCUGAAGUUAUGCAGCCCCGUGGCGAGCGGCCUGCAGGCAGGACGCAGAGUCCAGAGCACAGUAGCCCGGGGCCCGGGCCUGAGGCGCCACCGCCGCCCCAGCCGCCGGCCCCCGAGGCAGAGCGAGCUCGGCCCAGGCAGGCCCGGCCUGUAGCCCCGAUGGAAGGUGCGAUGCAGCUGUUGAGCAGAGAGGGUCACAGUGUGGCACACAACUCGAAGCGGCACUACCAUGAUGCUUUUGUAGCUAUGAGCCGCAUGCGGCAGCGUGGCCUCCUGUGUGACAUCGUCCUGCAUGUGGCAGCCAAGGAGAUCCGAGCUCAUAAGGUGGUGUUGGCUUCCUGUAGCCCCUACUUCCACGCCAUGUUCACAAAUGAGAUGAGUGAGAGCCGCCAGACACAUGUGACACUGCAUGACAUUGACCCGCAAGCCUUAGACCAGCUGGUGCAGUUUGCAUACACUGCUGAGAUUGUGGUGGGCGAGGGCAACGUUCAGGUGAGGCAUGCCAUUCCCAUACUCGUGUCCCCUGAGAUCUCCAGCGGAGACCUGUGUAUCCUGGCCUCCCCAUGCCUCUCCUCAAUAUCCAGUUACUCUGUACUCUUCUGGCCCCCUCCUGCCUCAUCCUUCUUCAUGCCCCAGACUCUGCUCCCAGCUGCCAGCCUUCUACAGUUAAAUGGUGUUCGAGAUGCCUGCUGCAAGUUCCUCCUGAGCCAGCUGGACCCUUCCAACUGCCUGGGCAUUCGAGGAUUUGCAGACACACACUCAUGCAGUGACCUGCUCAAGGCAGCACACAGGUACGUGCUGCAGCACUUCGUGGAUGUGGCCAAGACUGAGGAGUUCAUGCUGUUGCCACUGAAGCAGGUGCUGGAAUUGGUCUCUAGUGAUAGCCUGAACGUGCCCUCAGAGGAAGAUGUAUAUCGUGCAGUCCUGAGCUGGGUCAAACAUGAUGUAGACACUCGGAGGCAGCAUGUACCAAGGCUGAUGAAGUGUGUACGGCUGCCUCUGCUGAGCCGAGACUUCCUGUUGGGCCACGUGGAUGCUGAAAGCCUUGUGAGGCAUCACCCUGACUGCAAGGAUCUGCUCAUUGAGGCCCUUAAGUUCCACCUGCUGCCUGAGCAGAGAGGUGUUCUGGGUACUAGCCGCACAAGACCCCGUCGCUGUGAGGGUGCUGGCCCUGUGCUCUUUGCUGUUGGUGGUGGGAGCCUGUUCGCUAUCCAUGGAGACUGUGAAGCAUAUGACACUCGAACUGACCGCUGGCAUGUGGUGGCCUCCAUGUCUACACGUCGGGCUCGUGUAGGAGUUGCUGCUGUUGGGAACCGACUGUAUGCUGUGGGCGGCUAUGAUGGAACCUCAGACCUGGCUACGGUGGAGUCCUAUGACCCUGUGACAAACACAUGGCAGCCCGAGGUCUCCAUGGGCACAAGGCGAAGCUGCCUAGGUGUAGCUGCCCUGCAUGGGCUCCUGUAUGCAGCUGGUGGCUACGAUGGGGCUUCCUGCCUCAACAGUGCUGAGCGAUAUGACCCACUGACAGGAACAUGGACAUCCAUUGCUGCCAUGAGCACCCGGAGACGAUAUGUGCGUGUGGCCACACUUGGUGAAUUCAUGGACACCUGUAGCUUCCAUGUUGAGCCGGCGCAGCUCAGCAGGAGUAGCAGUGCUGGAGGGUGCCCUGUAUGUCGCAGGGGGCAAUGAUGGCACAAGCUGCCUCAACUCAGUGGAGAGAUAUAGCACCAAGGCUGGUGCCUGGGAGACUGUGGCACCCAUGAAUAUCCGCAGGUGUAUAAGGCCAGGGGUGGGUGGUGAGUGGUUCUGCCACUACAUCUGGUUUAUUCCAGGAGUGUAGCUCCAGGGGUUGUGCACACAGCACCUCAACAGUACAGCAGGUCCUUGGGUUCCUCCUGGGCAUAUGGGGCUCCUUUCAUUGUUCUGUCCCUAUGGUUCCUCCCUCUGCACCCCAUUCAUUUGGCCUGUCUCUUGGCUUGCGCCUCUGGCUUACUUUUGCCUAUCCAACUCCCCAGGAGCACACAUGACCUGGUGGCCAUGGACGGCUGGCUCUACGCUGUAGGGGGCAAUGAUGGCAGCUCCAGCCUCAACUCCAUAGAGAAGUACAACCCGAGGACCAACAAGUGGGUGGCAGCAUCCUGCAUGUUCACAAGACGCAGCAGUGUGGGUGUGGCAGUGCUAGAGCUGCUCAACUUCCCACCACCUUCCUCACCCACGCUGUCUGUGUCCUCUACCAGCCUCUGACACAUGUCAGACUGCACAGAGGUCCCACAGCCUCCCACAUGCCUUAAACCCUACAGGGUGGCCCUACCACCUCUUUCUCCUAUACCAAGUGUUAGGGCAGAUCACAUACCCCACCAGAGAUUUCCUGUUCUUCUGUCUUAGUCUCUGUGUUCAUUUGUCCUUGUUCAUUUAUUUGUGUGCUGUUUGUUUACUCACUUAUUUAUUGAUUCACUAUUUACUGAUGGAUGAGAAGUGCUGCAGCUACCGGUUCACACAUUCACUCUCAGUUGUCAGCUCUCCUGCAUGUAGGGGGCCAAGGAUCCCUUCGGAGUGUUUUCUUGCCUAUCUCCCUUUGUGGAACAGCAGAGAAUGCUCGGGGUAGACACUCACUGAAAGAGGAUGAGCAACACAGCUGGGCCUUGCAGACAGUAAGGGGCAGAGCAACUGUCACAACAGGAGCAGAGGCAAGGGCUUUCUAAGAAGAUGCAGCCCCCUAGCCAGCGCUUUGCACACGGCAUUUAUCUGUCUCUGCCAGGCACUGUCCCUGAAGGACACAAAGCAGACUUAUUUCCUAUGUCUUGUGUAUGACGUCUUUUCUGGGUCUUCUAUGGAGCUGGGCACACAACAUGCACUUAGAUCCUACACAGCAAUAUGAGCCAACUUGAACAAUAAACAUGUUUCUUGGGCUCCAUGGGCCUGAGGCUGAAUGUC